UUUCAUAAAGAGUCAUUUAAUUUAUAUGAAUUCCAUGGAAAUUGAGGAAAAAAUACAUAAAAGAUCUCUGCAGGAGACAUUGUAUCGUAUUCCACAAGCGAUUUCAAAUUUAGUGGAGAGAUUCUUUUACAAUCUUGGAUUUAAAAUAGCUCAGCAGCCAAAAACAUGGAUGACGUGUUGUUCUGUAUUAGUAAUUUUAUGCCUUGGUGGUUUGUUUCGCUUCAGACAGGAAAAAAAUCCGUUAAAAUUAUGGGUACCGGUGGACUCAGAUUUCGUUCAGGAUACGGAAUGGUUGAUAUCUACAUUCAAAGAAGGCCAAAGAAUAGAAAAUAUGAUAUUCGUUGCAGAUGAUAUAUUAGAAUCUGAAGCUCUUGUACGUUUAAAUGAAAUAACAAAACAAAUAUUUAAUGUUCAAACAAAUAGUAAACCAAACAUCUCUUGGAUGGAUGUGUGCUUUAAGAUUCCUAUUAUUUCUAAUAUUGUUGAACCAAAGAGAAAGAAAAGACAAUUAAACGACAGUUUUUUCGAAGAGGACUAUAAAAUGCCAAACCAAGCAGGCUACGAUCCGGGAGUGCAUUUUCCCACUAAGCUAUACUGUAAAAUUUUCAAUAGCUUUCCAAAAGGCUGUUUAUUAUUCAGUAUUAUGGACAUUUGGGAGUUUAAUUCGACUUUAAUUAAAUCACAAACGAAAGAACAAAUAGUAAAUAAAUUUAAUUCUGUGGAUAUUAGUCCAACGCUUGGCCAUCCUUUGAAUUUCAGUCAAUUGUUAGGUGGCGUAACAAAAGAUGAUAAAGGAAGAAUAAUAAAAGCCAAAGUGGUUAAAACUCAAUGGAUUGUUCAUAUUAAUUUCACUGAAGUUAAUAUGGAUGAAAUGGGUAAUGACGCGGGCACCGCUGAUUGGUCGACAAAAAAAGUGUCCGAUUGGGAAGCUGUUUUUCUGAAGGAACUCAAGGAAGUAUCGAAUAAUCUAACCGAAAAUAAAACAAACACUUACUCAAUAUAUUAUGAAGCUGGCCGAAGCUUUGGUGAUAUAAGUCAAGACAGUAUUUUUCAUGAUGUUGAAAAGCUCAUAGCUGGCAUUAUAAUAAUGUCAAUGUACGUCCAAGUGAUACUCUCUAAGUUUAAUUGGGUGGAGUGGCGUUUUUGGCUGACAAGCGUUGCUCUCCUUUGUAUAGGAGGAGCUUUUGCCGUUGCUGUAGGGCUUUGUUCCCUCGCUGGAAUUCCAUAUGGACCGGUGCAUACGUCGCUGCCUUUCCUAUUGAUGGGCUUGGGGGUCGAUGAUACUUUUGUUAUGAUGGCGGCUUGGGAGGAAGUAGCAUUUCAUGAAAAAAAUCAUAACAAACCGUUACCCGAAAGGGUGGCUUUAGCUCUAAGUCACGCGGGUGCUGCAAUAUCCGUCACCUCGCUCACCGAUGUCGUUGCAUUUGUUAUUGGUGCUUCUACGAUUUUACCGUCUUUGCACUCAUUUUGUAUAUACGCUGCUGUUGGAGUCUUUGUAACAUUUGUCUUGCAAGUAACGUUUUUCGUGGCUUUUUUCACUUUAGAUUGCAAACGCAUAGAGAUGAAACGAAAUGGCGUAUUGCCAUGUAUCGGGCAUGAAAAUUAUCCAUGCCCAACUGUAAAUACCAAGGAAAGUAUUUCAUGCAAAUUAAUCGAUCGAUUAUAUACAAAUGUGGUGUUCCCAUUACCUGGUAAAAUAGGAAUUUUAUGUAUUACAAUUGUAUUUGCAACAUUCGGUGGUAUUGGCUCGAGUAGACUCGAGCAAUGGUUCGAUCCAGUUUGGUUUUUACCAAAAGAAUCGUAUUUAAGCGAGUACCUCGUCGUUAAAGGAAAAGAGUUUCCAAAUGUGGGAGACGAGGUUACGGUUUUUAUAAGCAACGCAGAUUUCGUUCAAGAAUUUCCAAACAUUUUGAAUCUAAGUAUGAUUUUACAAAAUGCAUCAUUUACAGAAAGUGUGAAAAAUUGGCCCUUAGACUUCAUUCACUUCGUGGAUGCAAAUUUCAAUAUAGAUGCGGAGAACAAAACGCUCACGGAAAAUGAAUUUACAAUGUACCUAUCAAAGUUCUUAUUCAGUCGUAUAGGUGGAAAGUACCAGAGAAACUUUCGAUUUAAAGGGAAUUUAACGUGCGGUGAGUCGAGCCCGUCAAUAAUCAUAGCCAGUAUUGACUUUAAGUUUAAGAAAUUCUCAUCACCGUACGAAUGGAUACCCGGGAUGGAUAACGCGAAGAAAAUCGCGUCCGAGGCCGGUAUCGACGGCUCCGUCAUCGUCUGGAGCGAAAUGUUCGCUGCCUGGGUCACGGACAAGGUCAUCUCGCAGGAAGUCGUGAGGAAUCUUAUUUUGGCCUUGAUAUGCGUUAUGGGCAUGACCGCGUUUUUGAUUGCCGAGCCGCAAACUUGCUUCUGGAUAUUACUUUGCGUUUUAUUGACGCUGCUCGACGUGUGCGGAUUUAUGUAUUACUGGGGGCUCACCAUUGACAUUGUAUCGUGCAUAGGGCUCGAAUUGGCAGUUGGUUUGAGCGUGGACUAUGCGGCCCACGUGGCGCACGGCUUCCUCAAUGCUGUCGAGACUCCGGGUGCGAGGGGACCAGACGAGCGGAGCCUCCGGGUCCUCAAGGCUAUGCGCCAUAUCGGCGCGGCGGUACUCUUCGGGGCGGGAUCGACGCUCCUCGCCCUCUCGCUCCUCUCCUUCUCGCGGGCCUACGUGUUUCGGGCCUUCUUCAAGAUCUUCUUGCUGGUCAUUGUUUUUGGACUUUGGCACGGACUCCUCCUGCUGCCCGUCGUCCUCAGCACAAUUGGACCUCGCAGUCUACGCUCCAACUUUAAAAAUAUACGAUCAAGGAAUAAUGAUUUGAUAGAAGAAACCGAAGCCGCAACAGUGCCAUUAAAUAAAGAAUAAAAUUAUUCGUCAAUCAGAUUUUAUUAUAGCAUAGAAUUAUUAUA